AUGCCACCGCGAAGGGAACCAAGGGGAGUUGGCUCUAGGCCGACAAGGGGUGAUGUUAGUGAAAGCUCUAGCUCCAAUCCCACGGAGCCAGUUGAAGAGGAUACACUUCUUAGGGACUUGAUUCCCCCGAGAGGUGUCUCCAUUAGAAGGGACGAUGUUGAGACGCCCAUUGAAGUGGGUGAAGGUUCGGCCGAACUGGCACUGAAUCGUUUGUUGCAGAAUGCUUUAAGGGCUACGAUUACUUCUCUUCCGCAGUCAGUACCACAACCGGUAGUUCAGACAGAGGAGACGGAAGCGCAAAAACUUCUCAAGUUGAUUUCAGGAUUUGUGAAGCUAAUGCCAGUAAUGUUUGAGGGCGGUGCAUAUCUAACGAUAACGGAUGAUUAUUUUGACCAAGUGGAAAGCCACUUGACUUCUAUGAAUGUGUCAGAUGACCAGUUAAGAAUCACUUUGGCCACUUAUAGAUUUUCUAAGGACACCAAGCUUUGGUGGAAGUCAGUUACUAACCAGCACAAGGUAGAAGACAUGAGUUGCGAUAUGUUAAAGGAGCUGUUCUAUGAAAAGUAUUUUCGGAUUACCAAGAGGUGGGAGUUAAGGAAGCAGUUUGAUGAUCUCAUACAGGGCAAUAUGUUAAUGACGGAGUAUGGGAACAAGUUCACCUCUCUUUCUCGCUUUGCUCCUGAGUCAGUGAGAAAUAAGGCUGACAAGACUCGGAAGUUUGUCUCUGGUCUUCAUUACCAAAUGAGGCCAUUAAUAACGGCACAGCAUUUCAAAGUUUAUGCGGAGGCAGUGGAAAAAGCAUUAAUGCUAAAGGCGGAAGCAAAGGACAGAAAUGCAGGAAGGGAACAGUGGAAGCAAAAGAGGAAUGCAGAGUCGUCAUCAGAGGGACUGAUUAUUCGAAUCGAGGAACAGACAACGGUAGUGGCAGAAGGUCACAGCAGAGGCCAUCACAGUCGGCUACAACUCAGUCAGGCUUCAGACCACCACCACCACCACAGCCUGCCAUGUCUUCUCAGGGUUCAUGACCAGCUAGGAAAGAUACUCUUGCUAUGUCAGUGCAACAAUCAGGUGUUUAAGUUGGUAGUUCUCAAGCACAUGCACCACAAGGAAGUGUCUUUGCAGUUGUCCAGGUCGACACGUCUUCUGGUCCAUCAGUUCUCUGAGAGGAAGAGUCAUAGUUGUAAUCCCGAGGGAGAUUGUUUCUUUUUCGUGGGAGAUCGGAGUGAUUCCCAUACUUCAUCAUUUUAUAGAAUUCGUAGACGAGGUCAUGGUGAUUACUUCUUGGAUAGCCUUUUAGCCGAAAAAGAUAAUGUUGUGGAAGAGGUUUAUCUGGCAGUUGUUCGUGACUUCUUGGAUGUUUUCCCAGAAGACUUGACAGAGUUGCCUCCACAUCGAGAGGUGGAGUUUACUAUUGAUUUGAUGCCCGAUACCGUGCCAAUUUCUAUGGCAACGUAUCAUAUGGCACCGAUUGAGUUAGAAGAAUUAAAAAAGUAG